GUAGGUUCUCAAAUGUUUACAAGUGUUAGCAUUGUCCUAUCAGCUUCUAUGUUCUUUUGGAUAGGCCUGCUUUGGGACAUCAGUACUUUAUAUCGUCCCUGGAUAUCACCCAGAUUCAAUUCUGAAAUAGAUCAGUUUAGCUCGGAGCUUCUGGAACAUCAGGUUCAAAAACUGCAGCUGUGUACUGGUAUCUCUAUAAUUGCUUUCAUUUAAUGUCCUUUAAUGUGACAUAUGAUAAUCUGCAGCAGAAUAAUUCAGGAAACCAUUGUCAUUUGAGGGUCACAGGAAGUCUUGCAUUUCCAUCAAAAUGGGUGAGAAAGGAGAAGAAAAUGAUUUUGCGGUGGUCAAUCCCGCUCUUGUCGAAGAUGAAAAGGACUCUCAUGCCACCAGUACCAAGGAGCUUGAAAGCAACAUGCCAUCGUCAAAGGCAAGCUUCUCUCCCCUCAAAGGAUCGACAGCGCCCAAGGCAGGUUAUCCCGGUGCCAGCAGGGAGAAGUGGGGCAACAAGGCUCAAUUUAUCCUUGCCUGUGUGGGAUAUGCUGUUGGUCUCGGAAACGUCUGGAGGUUCCCUUAUCUCUGUUAUAAGAGUGGUGGAGGUGCCUUCUUGAUACCAUACUUCCUGACAUUGUUCUUGACCGGGAUACCUCUUCUACUCCUUGAGUUUGGUCUUGGACAGUACAUCCGCCAUGGCCCAGUUGUGGCCUUUAAGAAGAUCACCCCUCUGUUCAAAGGUGAGAAUUCCAGGGGCCUAUCAAGCCAAAACUAUCUUUAUUUAAAAAAAAGAUAUACGAUUGAUCCAAUUAAAGGGGAAGUUCACCCUGAAGAAAAAAUAAUAAGAUAUAUUGAUCAAGGUUUGAGGAAAAUCCAUUAUAGAGUAAGGAAGUUAUAAAAAUAUCAAUUUUUGGAUUUGUGACGUCAUAAACGAUCAAAGUAAAAUGCAUAAAUUUCAGUUGAAGAAUGACUGCACUGCGGUUUUGAAUUUUGCGCAAAACGUGACACCCCACUGAGAGCGUUUCCAUAGCAACAAGAUCGCUUUACGUGAAGUGAUUUUGAAAACCACAUUCUUGUGAUCAAGUGGGACGCUAGCAAAGUGAUCUUCCAAACUGCUUUCCUGAAUCAGUUUCCAUUAAACUAGUUUUAGAAAGUGUAAUGAGAACGGCCUCUAUAAAGUUAUGUAGCGCACCCUGCUCAUUUUUUUGUCUCGCCUGAACAAAAUUUGGCAGGGACAACUUACAAAGGGGCAGUACAGUACAGAUGCUGCCUUGAUCAUUUUUAAAUCAAAUGUGAUGAAAAAUUAUGUACAUGUUUGUCUGAAAGUAUAAUGUUGACAAAGGAAUGUAUAAAAAGUGUAAUGGGAAGAUGUGCUAUCUGUAUUUAUUGAAUGAUAUGAUGAUAGAAAGGACUAUCCUCACAUGACAACAUUAAUUUGGCGAGUUUCAUUCAUAUCUGUGCAAUUAUUCGUAUUGUCUUGUAAAUUUCAUGAAUGAGUUUUUGAACAUUUAAUGCUCUGUGACUGAACAGACCAGUGUGGGCAAUUACACCUGUUUUUGUCUCUGCUCCAGGGAAGAGAGAGUGCACCACAUCUGCUGGUGCAAGGCACAUAUGUUUCUUUUCAUGGUUCCUCAUUAAAGGGCGUGUUUUAUUAAAGGUCUAGUCCACCUCAGAAAAUUUUUCCAGUAUCCAUUCCAGUAUUCAUUUUCCAGUAUCCUUGACCUUUCUUAUUUUUAGCCGUACAUAUCGUCGGCGUUCAUCCGAAACGUAUCAGGCAAUUCUGGUUUUUUUUUAAUCAAUUUUGAUAUUUUUGCAGAAUAUUAAUGUACAAGUCCUAUUCUAUUCAUAACUGAAUUUCUAGGCAGCAAUUUAUUUUAGUUUCUGAGAUAUGAGGGGAUAUUCACGGCGAUGCCAUACAAAUUUUUAAUAAAAUGCGCAAAUCCCAUUGGAAACAUGUACUGUAGCAGAGCGAUACAACGUUUUGACUUACCGUGAUUUCAAUGCGCACGGUCAACCAAACUGCCGUAUCGGCCAUCUGCACUGCAUUGACUUUGCACGUGAAAAGCGAUACAACAUUUUGACUACCGUAAUCGCGUGCAUUGAAAUCGCAGUCAGGGUUGUUGUAUUCCCUAUGGCGUUUUUGUACAGGGGAAAUCUAAACCGCUCAAACCGAAAUUACAAGCACGGAGCUCUUUUGCGAUAUUUUCUAUAAUCCUUAGUUUUGUGUAAAAAUGGGAUACCAUUGUCAAGCAAUUGUCUUUGUCUUUCCAACCAUGUAUUUUUCUAGCAAUGAAUAUGCUGUUAGGCUGGAGAAAUAAGUGUGAAAAUCAUAUCAUCAAUUUUCGCAAUGAAUGAGUAGCUGAAAAUGAUAGUUCCUACACUUUCAUGAGAUUGGAAUGUUGGAUGAUACGUUAUUGAUCCUUUAAAGAUUCAAAAGAACUUUCUAGAUUCAGGAGAGUAUGAUUGUCGUGCAUAUAUAUCAAGGCAUAUAUAUGGUACACUAUUACUUCCUUAAUCAUUUUUCUGAGAUAUACUUUCACACAAUGUUUUCACCAGACCCUAAAAAUAUGAUAAUCACUUCAUAAAGAUCAUGUCAGGCCUGGUGGCUAGACACUGCAUAAGGGAUCCUUGGUCAACAGUCUGAAUGCAGUGGUAUAUUGGAAGCAUCGUGCUUAUCCAUUCGUUACUGAAGCACUUCACAGUAUGGUAUGCACCUGUCCCAGUUAAUUAUGUGUUCAUCUUGUGAAUAAAGGGUUAUUCUUUCUGGGUCACACAUGUAUACUCCAGUGCAAAUGCUCCUGCCCUCAUCGAGGUGCUGCUUUUUCCAUUGAAAGUGUUCAUUCACACUAGUAGAAACCUAUACCGUUUUAUGGCACGCUGCUUGCUGGUACUCUUGCAGCAUGCAGUAUGCAUGAUUUGAUAUCUGUAACAAAUGAUAUCCCAUAACAAUAUAAUAAUUGAUCAACUAUGGAAAAAUAGAUCAAUGAAUGAGCAAUUGGAUGCAAGUAUUUUAUACAAUUAUCAAUAAACACUAUGGUAAAUGAAUGAGUGGAAGAAUUAUCAACAUGAGUUAAGAUGUAAUAAGUAAAAUAAAGGGAAUGAUGAAUAUGGUUACCAGUAUACAUGUGUAGAUUCACAUGUGCACAGUGCAAAAUAUAUCGAGAUGAUGAAAGAUCAAGCCAAGUUGAGAUAUGGAUAGCUUCUUACAUGUACAUGAACAAGUGCUCUCACUAGAAAAAAAUAUAUAUUUACAAAGGUCUCUUGCAAGAACUAGUCCCACUGUUGGUUUGAUAUUUACUUGUUCAAAAUCCACUCUGUAUAAGUUUGUUUAUUUAUUUAUUUAUUCAUAUUCCACAAAUCCUCAAAGUACAUUUCAUAAUAAAUCAUUUCAAUGAAAAGAUGCAUCAAAUGCAUAACAUAUGCAGGGUUGAAACUUACUGGUGAAAUGAAAAAAAGUGGAGGGGUCUACUGAAAAGCAAAGCUUGUAAGAUGUAGACCCCCUAUCAAAAUUAUACAGUAUAUGAUGGUAAUCAUAUAAGUAUAGUAAAAAUGAUCAGCAAAAUUAUAUGAAUUUAUUUAGAUAUAAACACUGUGACAUAAGUGUAUACACUGUAUACCAAAUUAUAUUGACUUUAAAGUAAUCAACACUAGGCCUACCUUGGAUAAGUAUGAAGUUCACAAAAAAAUUUUAAUUAGUAAGAAUUCAG